CAUGGCCCAUUCCCAGCCACAAUGUUGCGCUCAUGCUUCACCCAUACAUGAUGCCCAUCUCCUCCACCAUCAUCUGUCAACUCCACCAUGACGGGUACGGGUACUUUCGAGCUCGCUUUAAUUGACACUUCCUGUCUUGAACCGCCACGCAAGAAACGCAGACUCACCCACGCUGUCGCCCUCGAUCUCUUCGAUUCACCAAGACCCUCCUCUCCCGAACCCCCCCAUGAAAAAACACCCUACCCUCAUGGCGGUCGUAAGGGAGGCGACGAUAAUGAUGAAAUGAUGACGGAUGGAAUACUCCCAGUGGCGGCGGUCCCCGAUGUCAUCUCUACCGCCUACGAUGACUACGUCUCGACCUUACCGCUAAACAUACUUUUCCAGGUGAAGGUUACGAAUAAUGCUACGGCAAGGGAGGCAUUCCCGGAUGCACUGCUGGGCCAUUCCAUACGCUUAUACUACCCCGAAUACAAGUCAUUCGCGCGGUUCAUGAGGGAAGGGGUUAUUGCCGGGUUACGCUUGGAGAGUGCCCGGGACGUUAGGAAUAUCAAGAUUGUCGCUAGGAAGGCUGGGGAGGUUAUUGUGGAAUUGGAUAUCCUUUCGGAUGGGGAGGUGUGGGAAAAGGCUAUGCGGGAAUUGAGGAAAAUAGGGAUUGGGAAACAUGGUGAAGGGGGAAGGAAGAUGGCGAGUAGCGUGCGGUUGACACUCGGGUUGAAUUAUUGGGGGAGGUAGUCUUGAUUUUUUCUUUUCCCUUUUUUUCGAAUUCACGACGAUUAUACGA